AUGUCUGAUCAAAUUGAUAAAGCAACUAGUAAUAAUCAAGAAAAUGACCGAACAGAAGAAUAUGCAAAUAUGAUAACUACAACACUUGCCUCUCGAGGAACAUUUGGAUAUUACUCACCUGAAUCAAAACAAAAAAUAUACUAUCCAUCAAGUGAUGUAUACUCAGUUGGCUCCACUCUUUUACAUUUACUCUCAUGUCAUCCCGAUGAUAUUGAAAAUAGAAAAGAAUUUAUCUCCAAUCACAAAAAUAACAACUUUGAUCCCAAUCAUAUUAAAAUAUCAACAAAUAGAUACUCUGACCAUUUGAUUAAUUUUGUCAAGAAACUAUUAAUCGCAACACCUCAGAAUCGACUUUCAUUGGAUGAUUUAAUUGGAGAAACAGUCAAUCAGCACACACAGAGAAUCACAUCAUUUUUAAUCGACCGACGACAAAUUCUAUCAAGCACCACAACAUUAAUAUUGGAUGGUGAAUUUAACAGUCCUCUCAAAGGAUUACUUCCACCAACACUUUUAAAAUUAAAGCUGUUUGGAAAGUUUAAUCAACCGAUCAAACAAGGUGAUAUUCCGAAUAGUGUUGAAACAUUAAUAUUUGGGUCAUCAUUUAAUCGUGAAAUCUAUUCGUCCCUCAGACAAUUAAAAGUAUUAUAUUUUAGCAAAUCAUUCGAUAGACGCUUGCCAGAACUCGACCUAUUCGGAAGCAGAACUUUUGUCAACAUAACCAGCUAUUAUUCUUCUCCACAAAGAAAUGCCAAUGUUUAUCACUUUAAUGUACAUGGCGAGAUUGCCCACUUAUUCAAAAAUGGUAAGCCCAAAACCAACAUAAUCUUGGCAAUUAACCAAAAAUACUAUGGUAUUGGAGUCCUCACUAGAGAAAAAAAUAUCAUUAAGUGGCAGAACAAUGAUAUCUCAAUAUCAAUAGAUCAAACGAAUAUUGGUGUGGUAUCUAAUGUUCAAGCAUCAAUUUAUCCACAUUUAUUUUGCCAAACUGAUAAAUCAAAAUUUGAAGAAUUUAACAAACAGUAUGGAAGUAAUAUCAAUGAUGUUGACUACCCUCUUGAUAAUAUGGCAGACCUAUUUGAAUUGGAUGAAGACAAUCUUCAUCAAGUGUUUAAAGAUGGUCAAUAUUUGAAUAUAAGAUUCAUUCCAAUGCCACAAAUCGAACAAGAAAAAGAAGUGAUCGACGAUUCAUAA